AUGACGGCUUGCUUCAUGGGGUCAUACAUCUACAUUCGUUAUGUGACACCAAGACGAAAAGAACGUCAGUACUACAAAUUGAUGCGUCGACUACAGCCGCUCAGUGAGCUCGGUAUCCAACAACUUCCCAAAUCUAUUCAACGGACAACGGAAAAGGUGCUGGAUUUUGUACGUGUUCGUUCUCGAUCAUCGGAAGGUGAAUAUAGCGACGCGAUCGCAUUUGGUUACCAUCUGACAAAGCUGUUCUUCACCGGUUCUCUGUCAAUUCUCGGUCGUUUGUUUGUCUGCCGUGGGCUAUCCGAUCACAACGAUGAACGUACCAAAGUGGCCAUCAAGGACUUUUCAUUUCUCGUCAAUCGAGGAGAAAUUAUGGGCGUUCUCGGCCCAAGCGGGUCGGGAAAAUCUACAUUGAUGAAUUGUUUGGCUACAGUCAUACAACAAGACAGAGGACAAGCUGGAGUGGUGAACAACCAUACCAAUGAGCUUGUCCCGAAUCAGAAAGCGGUAGAACAGGGCGUGAUCGGGUUCUGUCCACAGUACAAUCCGAUUUGGCCCAAUCUGACAGUUCGAGAACAUUUGGUGAUCUAUUCGGUGAUGCGUGAUCUGAAACAAAGUGCAAUUGGUGCCCACGUGAACGAGUGA